UAAUACAAGGGUGCACCAUCAUAGUUUCCACAAGUGGAGUCCUCUCAUUUUCUUAGUAUGCUUAGAGUUCAACAACAAAUGGUUUUCUCUUUCAAGUGUUCAUUCUUUCUUUCGCUUCUCAUUUUAUCAAUAACAUUUUCUCAAGUUUUAGGUAACAAAGCAUUUACUGGAACAUAUGGAGUGAACUAUGGUAGAAUAGCUGAUAAUCUACCUUCCCCUGAAAGUGUAGUUACAUUACUCAAAGCUGCAAAAAUCAAGAACACAAAAAUCUAUGAUUUUGAUCCUAAAGUCCUAAGUGCAUUCAAAGGUUCAGGAAUAGGAAUUAUAAUUGGACUUCCUAAUGAAUUUUUGAAAGACAUAAGCGUCGCCGAAGAUCGCGCGAUGAAUUGGAUCAAAGAAAAUGUUCAACCAUUUUUACCAGGAACAAAAAUUGUUGGCAUUACAAUUGGAAAUGAAAUCUUAGGAGGAGGUGAUAUUGAACUUUGGGAAGCUUUGUUACCAGCAGCUAAAAAUGUCUAUAGUGCCCUUAAUAGACUUGGUUUAACACAUCAAAUUGAGGUUUCUAGUCCACAUUCUGAGGCUGUUUUUGCCAAUUCAUUUCCUCCUUCUUCAUGUACAUUUAGGGAUGAUAUACUUCCUUACAUGAAACCUUUAUUGCAAUUCUUUUCACAAAUUGGUACCCCUUUUUAUAUAAAUGCAUACCCUUUUUUGGCUUAUAAAAAUGACCCUCAACAUAUUGACGUAAACUAUGCUUUAUUUAAAAAAAAUCCUGGCAUUUACGAUGCCAAGACUAAAUUACAUUAUGACAAUAUGUUUGAUGCGCAAAUUGAUGCCUCUUAUGCUGCAUUGGAGAAAGUCGGAUUUGAGAAAAUGGAAGUGAUUGUUUCUGAGACGGGUUGGGCGUCUCGUGGAGAUGACAAUGAAGCCGGUGCAAAUUCGAAGAAUGCAAUGACUUAUAAUAAAAAUAUGCGAAAGAGGUUGCUUAAGAAAAAAGGGACACCUUAUAGGCCCAAAAUGUUGGUUAGGGCUUAUAUAUUUGCUUUGUUUAAUGAGAAUUUGAAGCCUGGCCCAACAUCAGAAAGAAACUUUGGAUUGUUUAAUCAUGAUGGAAGUAUUGCUUAUGAUAUUGGUUUUACUGGACUUGUAUCUUCCUCAGCUACCUCCUCUUUGAUUUCCUUCAAGGGUAUUGGGUCUUCAUUCGUGAUGGUUUCAACAAGUUGUACUGCAAUUCUUCUUCUUCUUUUAGCAUUGUAAUUAUCAGUCAAAAGAAUGAAUGUACAAGAGAAUUGAAUUAUUAAUUAUUCUUUGAAUCAUGUAACAAUUUUCUAAAUGCAUUGAAUAUAAGCAAAUUCUAAAGCAAAUUAUUAUACCUCA